AUGGCGUACAAUGGAAUCAUUAGAGGUUUCUCUCNUAUACAUAUUCUUCCGUGCACCAAAGAUACCACCCGGCCGAAGAGGGACUACGAGGUGGACGGGCGAGACUACCACUUUGUGAUGUCCAGAGAGCAGAUGGAAAAGGACAUCCAAGAGCACAAGUUUAUUGAAGCGGGACAGUACAAUGAUAAUCUUUAUGGAACAAGUGUCCAGUCUGUAAAAUAUGUGGCUGAAAGGGGUAAACACUGCAUUCUGGAUGUGUCUGGAAAUGCCAUCAAACGACUACAAGUAGCACAACUUUAUCCCAUCGCCAUCUUCAUAAAACCAAAGUCUAUUGAUUCAUUAAUGGACAUGAACAAGAGACUGACAGAGGAACAAGCCAAGAAGACAUUUGACAGGGCUAUGAAGCUGGAGCAGGAGUUUGGUGAAUUCUUCACAGUCGGCAGAAGUUAA